AUUUUUCGGAUUCUCGCAUGCAGUCUGGUCUCUCUCCUCUCAGCUGACAAUUGCUCUGGAAAACAUCUCUGGAUCUUCUUCCCGCGGUUUUCUCUCGGCAGCAAGACCCUUUCGGCUGUCUGUUCCGGCGUCACUGCUGUCAGCUGCGAUCUGCCCUUUUCUGUGACCUUUGCGAGGAACCCGCAACGACGUCAAUAAGAAGAAGCGACACUUUCGAUCGCCUCUCCCUCUCCCUCUCCCAUCGUUUGGUUUCUAAAACGUUCAAUUUCGGGAUUUUUCAGUGGCUUUCUGUUGCGGUACCUGACGGUCUAGUGCAAGACAGCGCUGAGAGAGUCGCGGGGAUUUCUCUCGAUUCUUUGCUGGGGAAGAGAGUGCUGCGACUCUGGACGUUCCGAUCAUUUUUUUUACUCUUGGCGACCCAACCCCUCAAACUCUCUAGCAAGUCUCUCUUCUGAGAGUUGAGAGCGGCUGCGUUUCUCCGCACUUCGCCGGAGGAACCCGGCGGCUUGGCUUCUGUAAGAGCCGCGUGUUUCUGCGUGCCUCGGCUCCCGUGUUUUUCCGUCUUUCCAGCCUUCUUUCUCGUCGACCCACGAUGGAAAACGCCACAGUUUUUGUGUCGCGGGGGGCGCAUCCGCUCGCGGCGCUCUUUUCUCUGUCUGGGCGUUCCUCUUGGGUUCUGCGUCCCCCUGCUGCUUUUUUCACGACAGCCACCCCCGCGGGAACCACCCAGCCGUUCUCCCCUCGAAAUCGAGGUCGCUUGUCUCUGUGUGCUCUCCCUCGGAUGCCCAUCAGUGAAUGCACCGGCUGUUCCUCGGCGCUGUCUUCGGCCCCCACUUCUUCGCCGUCUUUCCCCAGUUCGAGGUCGGUGUGCCAGCGCCUCGCUGCCUCUCUGUCGUCCCGAGCCCACAGCAGCCUGAUGGCUGGGAGACGCGAAACAGCAGAGGCGCGUUUUCGGCUUCCAACACACAGGGGCUUCUCCAGCACAGCGAGCAGCAGAAGAACCACGGAGGCCUUCUGGGUUCGCAACCACCUGGGCGUCGUCACGGUGCCGCACCAAACAGCCUACGUGGUGGAGAGGUUCGGGAAGUAUUCACGGACCCUGAACUCAGGGCUACACUUCCUUUUUCCUUUUAUUGACAAGAUUGCGUAUGCACAUUCCUUGAAAGAGGAACCAAUUGUCAUUCCUAAUCAAACUGCUAUCACGAAGGACAAUGUCACCCUGCAAAUAGACGGCGUGCUCUAUGUGAAAAUAUGCAACGCGUAUGACGCCUCCUACGGAGUCACGAAUCCGAUCUAUGCCGUCUCCCAACUCGCGCAAACCACCAUGCGGUCAGAGCUAGGGAAGCUUACUCUUGACAAUACUUUUCUCGAGCGAGACGCACUAAACAGAAACAUCGUCCAAGCGAUCAAUCAAGCAGCACAGCCCUGGGGCGUCACGUGUCUUCGCUAUGAAAUUCGAGAUAUUCUUCUGCCGCCAAACAUUCGCGCUGCUAUGGAGCGUCAGGCCGAGGCAGAGCGCAGAAAGAGAGCUGACAUUCUCCACAGCGAGGGCGAGAGAGAAAGCGCAAUCAAUCUCGCAAAGGGACAGCGAGAAAGCGUCAUUCUGCGUGCAGAGGGAGAAGCCGCUGCUGUUCGACUGCGAGCGGAAGCAGCCGCUGCGAGUGUAUUGAAGAUCGCGGAAACCAGUGGCGUAUCGGGGGGCAUGCAGGCACUGAGUCUGCAGCUAGCUGACAAUUACAUUUCAGCCUUCAGCAAACUCGGAAAGUCCAGCAACACACUGGUGGUGCCCGCCAACGCAGCGGACAUUACUAGCAUGGUGACGCAGGCUCUCACGAUCUUCAAGAAUGUCGAUGGAGCUUUCACCCAGGCCGCUGCGCCUGCGCCCCCGUCGCCGGCGACGCCUUCUCGAAAGUGAACACCGAAAUAAACGACCUUUCUGAAGAAACGCAAGUCGCCGAGACGCCCCACCAGCAACGCCGAGGAAAACGCAGCUGAGAAAACCAAUCCUCCCGUCGCGACAGAGAAUGAAAAACGAAGAACAGCGUUUCUCGGGGGGCAAGCGCCGUU